ACCACUAAAACGUAGCGAUAGUUUUGCAGCUCCACAGCGACAUAAAAAACAUAAAAAUAAGUCAACAUUUUUAAAUUGUUAAUAGUUAUUAAGUGCAAAAGUUUACGGCUAUAUGAUUCAAAAUCGUGCAUUAUCUGAUCAUAAGUAAAGUUUUAAAUCGUAUUUCUAAUAUUUGUUGUUAGCAUAUAUAUUGCUCCCACGACUGCCACGGCCUCCUCGGUCAAAGAGCAAAUUAAAUAAUUUUCAUUUAUUACGAAACUUAGAAAUGCGCAUUCAUAUGCAUUAAAAUUCCAACUUCGGUCCGGCGACUGCUUGCCAAGCAGCAAUAUAAAAAUGGCCAUGCAUUCGUAUAUGCGGGCUAACGCAAACCAAAAUCAAAAUCAAACAAACACAGUGAGCGUGAAUUUAAGUCCAGAUGAGAUGCAUAGUUUCCUAAAGGAUAAACAGGCUUGGGAACAUGCCAUAUCGCUGUAUCAAGGACCAGAUCCCCUUGAUCAUUGGUACAACUAUAUCUGCUGGUAUGAGAAUCAUGCGCAUAGCGAUCCAGAGCAAAAGUUUCGAGAGACCCUGGAGCGCUGUCUCACUGUGUACGAGCAUAACGAUUACUAUCGACAAGAUGUGCGUCUAGUGCGUCUCUGGCUCAAAUACAUUGCCAUGCAGACAGAUCAGCUGCGAUUCUACCAAGUGCUGUUUCAGCGUGGCACUGGCCGUCAAGUAGCCGCCUUUUAUAUAGGCUGGGCCAGCUACUACGAGGCGCGUGAACAGUUCAAGGAUGCCGAAGCAGUAUUUAAUCUGGCCUUCCAAGAGAAGGCACAGGGCAAUGCCGAGCUGCAGAAUGCGCACACCAAGUUCACAUACGUUCGUUCCUUGUUCUAUCAACAACAGCACCAACAGCAUCCGAACCAGCAGCAUGUGCAGCAUCAGCCGUCACAACUACACCAACCUCCACAGCCACAUGAGACAAUACCACAGAUGACUCCUUACUCUCACGCGCAUCAUCACCAGCAAGAACACCCACACCAACAUCACCAUCAUCAUCAACAUCAGCAACAUUCACAGUUACAGCCGCAGUCACACCAGACUUACUCGCAACCCGCUACAUCAACGCCUUCUAGGCCUCACCAGCUGCCGCAAGAGAAUUUUCAAUCAUAUCAACAGCAUCCUGAUGAGCUUGCUUAUCAUCCUCAUGCUCAUUCUCAUCAACAGGUCCCGCCGCAAGCACAUUUUCAGCAUCAAGAACAGGAGCAGUUCCAACAUGCAGCUGCUCCAGCUUCACACAAUCAAGCGUCGCUUGACCAUCGUCACUACGCUCCAAUAGUUCACCAAAAUCAUGAAGAUCGGCCCGCCUCCCAUCCACACUAUGAGCCACACUUGCAACAGGUCAUGGCCGCCGACGACGCAAAUUUGAGUCAAGCGCAACAAGAUCCUUCAACUGCCGAAUCAUCAACGCAAAUUGAGGGUGUUCGAUUGCCGCGGAAUUUUCACGCAUAUGGACGAAACAACCAUGAAACCUGGAAACCAGCAUUGACACUGGAGGAACCAGACGAUCCCUCAAGGAUUUGUCACUAUGCCAAACAGCAAGUAUAUCCACCAGGUGCAGGAGUUGAGUACAGUCCUGAGGAGCUGUUGGCACGCAAGUACGCACACAUGUUGGAGCAACGUAAACAGCAAUCACAGGCACAGUCAGCUGUUCGAAGCAAUGAGCCAAACGAGACACAACAUGAGCCACAAUUAAAAAAAGAGAAUAUUUACUCAGUAGAACAGGAACAGCAGCAGCAACAAAUUAUGUUUGAUUCCUAUGAGUCACAGAAUUCAUAUUACAUGACCGCAAUGAAUGGUGAAAUCUUUACACAAAACGAUGACGAAGCUGAAGACGAACAUUCAGAAGAGGAGGAUGGUGAUGUUGAAGAUGAAGCCGACCACGAUCAGCAGUCAAAUCAAUCAGUCGAGGAAGAUUCGGAGGAUGCGGAGUCCGAUCAGCAGGUCGAUGACGACAACGAACCAGUUAAGUCAUAUAGUAAUGGUGCUCCGGCGGACAUGCUAUUUCGAGCGCAGACAACGUUUGAGCAUCAAAACCGCUCCAUUAAGAUGAAGUUCAAAAAAGAACGCACUCUUGAGAGCAGCACCUACAGUGCCUACACCAUUGAGAGCAUUUACCAUCAGCAACAGGAAUUGCCUUCGCCUGCACAAAUGCCACAAACGCCGCAAACAGCACAAACUACAAUGACAACGCUGCCAGCGUCACCCAAAAAUGUACAAGAUUAUAGUGGAGGGGCUGGGACUGGGACAGUUCAACGCCAACGAAAUCUCGGACAUCAUUUUCAUCCAUACAUGUUGUGCCAAACGUCGACACCAAAGAGCAUUGGCAAUGACAAUCGCAGAGCGCGGGUCAAGGCUAGAAUUGGCAAGUUUCAAGUGGAGCCGCGUAGUAACAGUAAUUCCUCAUGCUCAGUUGUGGAACAAGCGGUUAAUGGCAUUGAUGCUGUUGCGCUUAGUGCUACUGGCGAUGGAACUGAUGCAACUGUUGCGAUUGCACCAAUAGACAAUGCUACCUUCAAUGAUAAUGCCAACUUUUCGUUCUCUAGUGCAGGCGGCUUGGACAAUUCGAAUAGUUCAUUGGCAAUGGCCGUCGAUAGACUUCAUUUUCGCGAUGCCACACAUGUGGCAAGUAUUAGCAGCAGCAACAACAACAAAACUUUACAUCCGCACAACAAUAAUAACAACUUGACAACAUCCGCAAGGGGAACUGCAUUAAAUGACUUCUCCACGUUCCAGGAGAACUCAUAUUUUGCUACACAGCAUGAUGCGGAGGCGCAAGAACGUCGUCUUGCAAAGGCCUUGGAGACAAUUGCAAGGCAUUUGGCUAAGGAGGCAAUUGAUCCUUUUAAUAGCGAACUCUGUCGCGCAUUCCUCACAAAAGUCAAUUUCCCAGGCGAUGAUGAUGCGCACGCUAGCUACAAAGUUGUGCAAACGCCACUGCCAAAAAUAUCUAACACACGCACAUUGAAUGUCCUCGAUAGCAUACAGUUCAACAUUGACAAAGAAGUGGGUCGCGGCUCUUAUGGAUCCGUAUACAAAGCGACCGAUAUUCGCACCGGCCAUGUUGUGGCUCUUAAGUACCAGAAGCCUCCAAAUACAUGGGAGAUUUAUAUUUGUGAUCAGGUCUUGAAACGUGUUCAGGAACGAGAAAUGCUGCCAGGAUUGAUGGAUAUAUCGACUGCGGUUAUAGCACCAAAUGCAAGCUUGAUAGCUACUGAAUUCUCUCCGUUUGGUUCGUUGCUAGAUAUUAACAACAAAAUUCGGCAGGCCACCACAAAAGUUAUGCACGAAUCGCUAGUGAUGCACUUCUCAGCGCAAAUUUGCAAUAUUGUGGAUCAUUUGCAUCGACAGCACAUCAUCCAUGCAGACAUUAAACCGGACAACUUUCUGCUGAUGCGCGUGCCAAGUGUCGACAGUGUUGAACCUUCUCUGCGUCUCAUCGAUUUUGGCUGCGCCAUUGACAUGUCACUCUUCCCUAACCCUGAGCAUACAAAGUUCCGCAAGGUGGUUCAAACCGAUGGUUUCACUUGCAUCGAAAUGCAGGAGGGUCGUCCUUGGUCAUAUGAAACGGAUCUAUUCUGUAUUGCCAGCACGGUGCACGUCAUGCUCUUUGGCGAAUACAUGCAGCCACAAAAGCGCCCCGCCGGAUGGGAUAUACGUCAAAAACUGCCGCGCUAUCUCAAGAAGCAUGUCUGGUCUAAGUUCUUCAGUGAUCUGCUUAACAUGCGUGCUGACAAGUUGCCUCAGCUGCAGUCAAUGCGGAAAAUAUUCGAAGAGGAAUGCUAUCGCAUGGAAUCGGAGUUGCAGAAACACAUACGUACUUUAUCCAACAUAUUGCAUCGACGAUAACAACAGCAACAACAAAAAUGACAUAAUCAUAGUGUCACUGUUCUUGUCCACCCUGUGCCCCGAAUUGGGUAUUUAACUAAACUACCAAUGCGCUUGAUGAUCUGCUUAACAAACAUACUUGAUUCACUACUACAUAGUCUGAGACUAAACUCUGCCCGUCUGCGUGAAUUGAAUAACUUUUAACACUACAUUCAUAUUUACUCUUUCAAGCCCAAAUACCCAAAAAUAUUUGUUCUAAUUUCUCCCCAUUAAUCAAAUGUAACUGAAGACAUUGGAACACUACAGAUCGCGAUUGUGCUAUCUUAUGUAAAUAAUUUAAUUAACACGUACAAAAACUUUCAUCCUCGGCAUUAUAACGCGAAACAGCAAUGUCAAGAAAACAAACCAUGUCAAAUGAAAUGUAAUAAUUUAAUUUUACUUAAGUAUAUAAAAUUCACAUCAUAUUUCCAAAGUCAAAAGAAGAACAAUAAUAUGAUCAUAUGCCAAAACACAUGAACGCGUUAGAAUGUCGAUAAUUACACCGCCAUAUUUAACACAAAAAAAAAUAUGGAAUUAUUUGCAAUGUGCAAAAAUACUAAAUU